UGUUAAAUUGUAUUAUGAUUGUGAAGUUUGUUUUUUUUAGUAGCUGCGUUUGACGAAUCGUCGUAUUUUGUGUUUUUGCCCUCACGGGGAAAAUUUGUUUUAUCUUUAUGUUGAUUGAAUUUGGAAAGAGAAAAAACGAAUUCACAAAUGAUGUAAAUAAAUGUGAAAAUUAAUGGUAAGCCAAAUAAAUCCUACCGCACCCAGGCAAUGUGUAUUUUUACAUCGAAGAAGAAAAAAAGAGAGCAAGAAACAGCCGUAAUAGUUAUACAGCACUAAGAAACAUCACACAUACAAGAAUGUUGCUACUUUCUUCAUUUUGACUUUUGUUCAUGUCUCUAUCUAUCGUUUGGAUUGGACUGCCUCUUGUUUGCUAGUUCUAAUUUAAGUGAAUUGUGUUUACUCAUUAUACAUCGAAUAAGUACAACAACAUCAAACGGAUUGUGCGUUAGUGACGAAAUCUUGGUGCAGUGAAAACACGCAUUGGCACCCAUGCAAUUGCUACCUAAAGACGACAGACGUAUGAUUCCAUAGAGAAGUGACAGAGACGUAGAUAGAUUGACAGAUAGACAGACGGAGAAAAAAAACCAGCUCAAGCAGUUAUUGGUGGUGACCUGACCUGACCAAACCAACACACAGAAUGGAAGAUAGCAUUAUAAAUAUCGAUGAUGAAUCUGAUUCAUUUUCGCUGUCAUCAGACACAGACAUUCGAAAUAUUGUUGAUCAAUGGAAACGCAAUCAUGAAACCACAGAAAGUAAAGAUUUGAAAUAUUUGGACACACGAACAUUUACACGGCCUAAGAAAAAGAGUUCCACGUACUCCGAUGUAAAUGAUACUAACUUUUUGAACCGAGAGAAAACUUCCAGCGAUGAGUUGUCCGACGAUCAAAUGGCAACAUCAUCAUCGUCCGCCGUGCCAGUGCCAAGAAUCGAUUUGAAAAUCGGUGGACUGGUGACGAGUUUGCAACGCAGUCUAUUGGGUGAUGUAUCACCUCCUUCGCAUAUGGACAAUUCGAUGGGAAAUAGUUUAAUCACAAGCAAUGACUUUUCAAAUAUUGACUUCAUGAAUGACACUGGUGAUAGUUUGUCCAUGGCACAUUUCAAGCAUUAUCGAUUAUCCGAUGCGAUUGCCGACCGAAAUUUCCUCGAACGCUUAACCAACUACGAUGAAAGUCUGUUCACAAAAGAUGCCGACAUCAAUAAUGUGGAUUUGAUUGAGAAUGGAAAUUGCACGGGUUCCAGCAGUAGUACAUUACAAAAUUCAACGGAUAGCACAAACAAUUUGGGAGGUGGUAAGCAUGAUGGGACAUUCAAUAAAGAGAAUUUAGUGAAUGGCACAUUCGAUGCAUCGGGCGAAGUGGAUAAGACAUUUAUUCAAGCACCAGAUGCCAAUGGGUCCAUGAAUGCUAGCAUCAGAAAUAGCACAUUCGAAAUGGGCAACAAGGCCAAUCGAACGUUUGAGACGCAAGUUAAUAAAAUGAACAUCACGAUACCAGUGGUUGCUGACUAUUUGGACGAUGAAGAACUCGCUCUGUGUAACUCAUUAAAUGGCACACAAAUUUUGGAUAUGAAUUCGACCUUUCAACUGGAUGAAUACCAGUCAACGCCCGCUGCACAAGUACGAAAGUCUCGAAAAUCGGAAUCAUUACAAACAAUAUCGCCCAUUUUCUCCGAACGAAACAAGAACAAUCUCACACAGAACGUGGACAAGUUUGUUGACAUCGAAAUCGAAGAUAUUCCAGUGUAUUUGCGCGAACCGGUGACCAAAAGUACGGCACGUGCAUCAAAUCCAACGGGGAUCAAUACGGAAAUGGUUGAGAAUGAACGACAAUCGUUGGCCAAUUUCGAGGAGUUUGAGAAUACAUUGCUCAUUUUGGAGAAUAAUAAAACGGAAGAGGAGUUUGAUGAUUUGUUGAACAGUUUUAGUGCCAAAAUUCGAAAUCCGAUGAGUCAAAAAGUGCGCCAAUCCCUGGACAAUAUAAAAAAGCGUCAUUCGUCCAUGGGCAUGGAGAAACAGCAACAAGAUGAAUUGAAUCGAGAAACGGCGAUGAAUACGUCGAAAAAUGGAAAAUACUCAGAGUUUGGUUCGAAUGAGAAAAAUCGACUGAACGAUUCGUUAAGUCGUUCGGUGAUGAAUUCAUCGACCAGCAGCGGGAGUGGAGAGCGAUUACUGCGACGAAGUCGUUUGUUUGAUGAUGCUUUAAGCACAUACACCGAUCGAAUAGUGGACAAUAGUGGCAUGGAUCACAGCGGUUCUUCCAUUGGUUACACGGACAAUAAACAAGCAAAUGAGCUCAAUUCCACGCAAACGUUGAACAUGAAAAAUCAACUGUAUCUGGAACAAGAAUCCGCUCCAAAGACUGAACCAAUUUACAAUACGGAAGAAUCUCACGGCGAAAGCAAGUCGAACAACCGUGAUCGCUUCAAAACCAUUCGAAUUUUCAAAAAACCACCGCAAAAUGCGAUUCAAAUACCCGGUCCAGAGGAGACGUACAUACAAGCCAUGCAAUCUCCAUUGCCAGUAGCUCGUACAGGCGAUGUGUUUGCCACCAAGAAUACGAAUUCACCGAAACAACAUGGAUUUGAUGAUGAGCAAAAUCAAGCGACAGCCAAGGGUAUCAACACCAUGACAUUUAAAAGAUCUGGACUGGCACGACCACGUCAAUUGGGCGGCUUGGCAAAACGUGAUCUGUACGCCAAAUCAAAUUCACAGGAGUUUUUAUCAAGUGAUGAACCAAAUGGGAUUUCGCAAUCGAAACCAGUUCAACAGAUUAAGAGUCCGAUGGGAAUUAAGUCGAAGUCAAUACACAAUCUAUCGACGGCCAAACACACAUCAAAACUGCCAGGGAGUCGAGUAGAUAUCGGAGAAUUUGAACAUCCAUCUUCUACAAGGAAUUCAGCUUUGUCGUCACACACGUUCAAAAUUCCAGCACAAAAAUCUUCAGCAGCAGUGAUGCGUCAACGGCUGGACGUUGGUCAAUCACGAAAACUUAGUUUGAUUCGACCGUCGUCUGGUUAUUAUGGCUAUAACACAAAACGUACCGACUCCGACACUGAUUUGGGACGAUUCUCAUCGAAUAAUAGCCUUUCAUCCGGCAGUUCGAAGAGUAGUUUGAGCCGUGGAGAAACGCCCGAGACGUUUACCGCAUCAAAUGAGAAUCCGAACGCAACAUUUGUGCAACCAUCUGCGAAAACGUCGAAUGUGCCAUCUCGUUCAUCUGCAGUAGCCAGUAGUGGAAUCGUUGCACCGAAGGCAUCAAUGCUACGGCCACCAAGUCAAAUCCGAAGAAGUGCUCUUCCACGUCCCGCUGCUUUUUCAACCAAACGAUAAACUUUCCAAACAAAAUCCCUAAAUUAAACAAAGAGCAAAUGUCAUUCACUUUAUAUAUCAAAUCCCAAUGGCUGCAACAACAGAAAAACACUUAUCUAUCAUUAAUAAGAAUUUAGUGAAAUUAUUCCAUUUAUUUAUUCGGCUCUGUUUGUAUUUAGAUAAAAAAAAAAUGAAAAAGAGCAGAAAAAACCAAUGCUUGUUCACAAUUUAUAUAUCAUUAUAUCGUAAUUGAAUAGCUAAGUUAAGUUACACAUCAAAAUGAGAUUUUAGCAAGAGAGUGACGGAAGAAAUGGUUAAUGAUUGGAAUGAAAUGCCUUAUUAGCUAGCUAAGAGUAUGGAAUUGAAGGUUUGUUUUGUUUUUGAUACGAAAGUAAUAUCCUCGCAUUUUCUAGCAAAUAUGUAGCUUUCAUUUUUGUUUUUUUUUUGUUUUCAACCCGAGCUUAAUGUUAUAUUCCCAUAAAAAAAUAUUCAAUCAAAUAUCGUUAGUUCAAAGCCCAUUUAAAAAAUGAUCCAGCUUCUAUCUGCCUUAUUCUUUAUUUUUCUCUAUCUAUUUGCAUGUAAAUAGGAAAAUUUGAUUUCAACCGAUUUUUCAAAUCAGUUUCAUUACGUAGAGAGAACAAAUACCUGUAUGUCUUGUUUCAUUUUAUUGUGAUAUUUGCGAACAAUUGAUAUUCAAUAACAAAACAAAAUGAUAGAAAGAAAACCAAAUAGACACAAUGUCAGAAAAUGAAAGAAAAAUCAUCCUAAAAUGCUCUGUAAAAUCCAAUGUAAAUUAUAAAUAAAAAUUUGUCACAAAGUACCGCA